GUAGCAGCUCAGGGGAGAGCUGUGACUGCAGUCAAGUGCAGCUUAGAAGAGUUUAAAAUGUAGAAAUGAUCGGAAAUCCGUCACAUGUAGCUGUUUUUAGAGCAGGCAACAACAAAUAAAAAAUUGUGAUUAGGUUCAGAUCUGAACUUCUCUGAUAGUCAAGAUACCACCAUAAUAAUUAUGAGUUUAUAAUAAGGAAAUUGCGAAAGGAGGAAGAUGAAGAAGUGAUGGGGGAGCCGCUAUGAAAUAAAAUCGAAUCCAUCAAAAACAUCUGGAUGAUCAAGUGAGGAAACACACGACGUCAUUUUAUUGCUUUUAUCAAUUGGUUUUAUCAACGUUUGGAUUUACCAUGCACAAAAGAUGGAUACGUCGGAGGCUGCUUGUCUUGAUUGUCACCUUCUUUAUAAUUAUCUACGUGGAUUUUCAAUUACACACGAGCAACUUUCCCAAACUAAAUGUUGGUCACCAAGCGUCAAGUGGUGCGCCGCAGGUCCCCGGUGCCGUCAAAGACGCAGAGAUCUCGGUUUACAAUAGCAGCAGCGGAGGACAAUCACAUCUUAAUGAGCGGAGCGGAGAAAACGCUGUUUCUAAAGCUUCAUAUGUCACUCAACCCAAACUAAAGCUAGAGGACAUCUAUAUCGCUGUGAAAACCACCGGGAAGUUCCACAAGACGCGACUUGCGCUUCUUUUGGAGACUUGGGUCUCAAGGACCAAGGCGCAUACAUUUAUUUUUACUGACACUGAAGAUGAUGACUUAAGUUUACAAGGUUAUAACAUGGUGGUAACUGGCUGCCACUCAGAUCACAGUCAGCAGGCUCUGUCCUGCAAGAUGUCGGCAGAGUACGACGGUUUCAUGGCCUCGAACAAAAGGUGGUUUUGUCAUGUGGAUGAUGAUAACUACGUGAACCCUGGAGCUCUCAUUUCUCUGCUCUCCUCCUUCCCCCAAGAAGGUGACAUCUACAUAGGGAAACCGAGCCUGGACAAGCCCAUCACUGCUCACGAACUUCUGGAGGGAAAUACAACGAAGGAAGUUCGGUUCUGGUUCGCUACAGGAGGAGCUGGCUUCUGUCUGAGUAAAAGGCUGGCAGAAAAAAUGUCUCCAUGGGCCAGUGGCUCUCAGUUUGAGCGGACAUCAGCAAGAAUCCGCCUCCCUGAUGACUGUACGGUGGGCUUCAUUGUGGAAAAGAGACUUGGCAUCUCUAUGGUCCACUGUCCUUUAUUUCAUUCCCACCUAGAAAACCUGCUACUCAUAAGACAAAGGAACAUAGCACAACAGGUGACUUUGAGUUAUGGGAUAUUUGAGAACAAGAUGAACAGCAUAGAAGUGAAAGGGAGCUUUUCUAAGGAAGAGGAUCCCUCCAGGUUUAAGACCGUCCACUGCAUGCUGUAUCCUCUCACCAGCUGGUGUCCUUGAGUAAGAAGACAAUGACACCAAAAUAUCUGAAACAAAACUGGCAUCGUUCAGGAUGUGAUACUUCUGGAUAUUGCCUAAAUGCAGAAAAAACAAUCAAUUUAAUCAAAUGGAACAGUUUAAGAUGCAGAAAACCAGAAGCAGGAGAAAUACACAGCAGAAAACACAAUGGUAUAAACCUGGUUUUCUACAGCUGCUAAGUCACAGCUUGUCUCCUUACACAGUGAACACUUGGACACUUGAACAUGGGAUUUAAAAAGAACUUUGAAUAUGAAGUACAGAAAAUCAACACCUUCUUUUUUCGACUGUGUUUGAAGUAUUCUGCAGUAAAAUGUGACUCUUUGUGUCUUUACUACUGAAUGAUUUUGUGAGAUUGAAGCACUUAUGACAAGGAACAGUCAUAUUUCUAUUUUUAUAUUCAUAUAAAUGUUUACUAAAAAUUUGGGACAAAUGAAAUGUUACUCUCUUUAGAUUAGUCUGUGUACAAAUGUUUUUAAGCUAAAUGAGUCUUUAAUUUAUUUUCUUAUUUCUUCACCAUCAUUGAAAGCUGAUGAUCAUGAAAGCUAUAAACAAGCUACAUUUGCAGGACUUAAAUAAUAUUUACCCCUGAAUUAAUUCAAGCUUUUAAAGACCAAAUGCUCCUCUGUCUGUUUGCUGCUAUGAAGGAGAUAUUGUCCUUGCACCUACAGUAUGAAGUCUGCACACAAUGAACAGUCUUGACAUGCAUCUCCCUCCUUAGCCAAAGCUCCCAUUCUCCCUCCCUCCCUCCCUUUUCUCACUCCUUACCUUCUUCCUCCACCCCUCCAUCUGUCUUCUUCCCCACCUUCUCCUCCCUCCGCCUCUCUGUUUACUUAGUCUUGUCCACAAUUGAAGGCCAUGUCUGAAAAUAAAAUAUGCUUCCACUCA